AUGAUUCAAGUCGAAUUUGAAGUAGUUGUUAUUGGCGCCGGAAUAUCCGGAAUCCAAAUAGCCCACGAUGUCACCUCACGGAUGAAGAACAUAGAUCUGAAGAUCUACGACAAGAACGAAAGCGCCGGGGGCACCUGGUUCGAGAAUCGGUACCCAGGGUGCGCCUGCGAUGUUCCAUCCCAUGGGUAUCAGUAUAGCUGGGCGCCCAAUCCCUGCUGGUCCACGCUGUAUGCCUCCGCGCCUGAGAUAUGCGCCUAUUUAGACUCGGUGAUUGCCGACCAUGGGCUGGCGAAGUACAUUCGCCUUCAACAACGAUGCGUGUCUGCGACAUGGGAUGAGAGAAACUCGUCCUGGAUCACCACGUUCAAGCAUGAGACUACCCAGGAAGAGACCGUCGUCGAGGCGGAUGUCUUAGUCUAUGCUGUUGGACGGCUGAACAAUUACAAACUGCCGGACUUUCACGGGAGGGCUGGAUUUCGCGGCGACAUUUGCCAUACAGCUUGCUGUUUGGGAAACGGCUCCAGUGGAAUGCAAUGCGUCGGUGCCCUGCAGUAUGGCGCAGAAGCUGCAGAGCUGAUCAACUUCUGUCGAAGCCAAACGUGGGCUGGUCCUGGGCUUUUCGACGAGAAUAAAAGGUUCACGGAGGAAGAGAAGCUUGAAUUUGCGAAUAACCCCGACUUGUAUCACAAGUAUCGCACCCAGCUCGAGCGGCAGAUCGCAUCCGCUUUUCGUGUGCUGUGGAAGAACACCCCAGCACAUCACGAAAUGCGAGCACGGGUGGAGUCCUACUACGAUCACAAAAUCCAGGAUCCGAACCUCCGAAGAAUGCUCCAGCCAGACUUUGCCCCAGCGUGUCGGCGGUGGACCAUCGGCGAUUCGUACAUCGAGGCCAUGCAGCAGCCGCAUGUGCAUCUAGUUCAGGAUCAUGUCGCUAGCCUGACUGAGACUGGCGUGCGGACGUGCUCAGGAGAGGAGUACGAUUGCGAUCUUGUCGUUUGCGCCACGGGCUUUGAGCCCUACGCCUCCCGCUUCCCAGUUAUCGGACGAGACGGAAUUAGCCUGAAUGAUUGCUGGGGUCCACAAGGCGACUGUGAGAGCUACAUGGCAAGCAUGGUGGCUGGAUUUCCCAAUCUCUUUGCUUUUCAUCCACCUCAUUGCCCUGUGAACGGCUCUGUCAUCCCAGGCAUCGAACGGACGUCCGACUACAUCAUCCGCAUCCUGACGCGACUGCAGACUGACUGUCUCCGAUCAGUUAGUGUCAAGCCCGAAGCGCAGCACCAAUUUGUCCGUUGGGCUCAGUCCCGCAUGCCUUACAUGUCGUGGUCUGAUCCAUGCAGCUCAUGGUACAAGAACAAAGAAGGGCGAGUAGUGGUUCCAUGGCCGGGAACAAACCACCAUUACUAUGCCGCCACAGAAAUCGUUCGUUGGGAGGAUUUUGACCUCCGUUUCGAGGAUCCGACACAAAAGUAUGCGAGCUUUGGGAAUGGGGUGACAGAAGAUGGCUUCGCACCUGAGUUCAUCCCUUGGGUGCUGACACCCGAGGGGCAACAGGGUUCGAAAACUCAAAUACGCACUUGA